CGUCCCCUGAGUACAGUCGUCCUUGACGAGCAGCAAAAGGACGUGAUCAUCACCGACAUCAGGAACUUCCUCACCCGCUCAGGUGUCUUAUGGUACCGGGAGAAAGGCCUCCCUCUCCGUCUCGGCUACCUCUUCAGCGGACCACCCGGUACGGGCAAGUCUUCCCUGGCCUUCGCCCUGGCUAGCGACUUUGGUCUGCCAGUGUACAUGAUCAACCUCUCGUCACCGGGCCUCAAUGAUAGCGACAUUGAGUCGCUCUUCUGUAGCCUCCCUCGCCACUGUAUCGUCUUGCUUGAGGACGUCGAUGCUACACAGCCACUGUCAAGGAAUCUCCCCAAGGACCAAAAGGAAGCCGACGACAAAGACUCACGGUCCAGGACGCGCGAGAACACGGUGACACUGAGCGGAUUGCUGAACGCGAUAGAUGGACUUGACGUUCCUUUCUCACCUCUCUUAGGCCGCAUCCUGAUCAUGACAACCAACCACAUCGAGAACCUAGACGAAGCCCUCAUCCGAACAGGCCGAGCCGACCGCAUCAUCUCCUUCACCAAGACAACCAAGAAGCAGGCCGAGGAUAUGUUUAUCAACGCGCUGAAGCACCCAGAGAUGGAGGACUGGACGGACGAGGACAUUUAUGUGCUGGCCAAGGAGUUUUCCGACAAGAUCCAGGAUGCCAAGUUCAGCCCGGCUCUGAUCCAGCAGUACUUUAAGGACUUUCGUGCGGAGCCCAGGCGGGCUGUGCAGGAGCUGGAGGAAUGGAUGAAAGAC